AUGAAGUUCACUGGCCUCGUCUCCCUCUUCGCCAUCCUCGGCCCAGCCCUCGCCAGCCCAACCCCCCUCAACGCGCGCGACCUCGACACCAUCAAGAGCGUGCUCAGCGACAUCCAAAAGCAAGUCAACUCGCUCAACACAGCCAUCACAGCCAAACCCCUCGAGGCCAACCCAGUGAUAACCCAAUCCAACAACCUCGUCAACACAAUCAACAAGGGCAGCAGCACCGUCAACGCCCAGGGCGAACUCAGCCAGUUAGACGCGCUAGGUCUCGUCUCGCCAACCCAGGACCUCGCCGACGACACCGACAAGACCGUCAAGAGCCUGAUUAGCAUCAAACCCGAUGUUAUUAAGUUGGGCGAAGGCUGCACGACUCUGACAGCCCUGAACAAGCAGCACAAGGCUGCCACUGGGUUGAGUUCGGCGAUUGUGUCCAAGGUCCCUGAGGCGCUGGGAAGCACGGCCAAGGAACUCUCUGACAAGAUCUCUGCGUCGAUCCAGAAGGGCGCGGAUGCGUAUAAGGGUUCUUGUGAUCAGAAGGAGGAGGAGCCUAAGACUGAGGAAUCGAGUGCGGAGCAGGAGACUGCCGGUGCGGAUGCGGAUGUCCAGGCGAAGCCUGCUGCUUGUGCUGCUAAUUAG